UUGUGCGCUCUACGAUUUUCCACCCCAGUCUCCGAAUUGGCGCCGCCGUCCGUCGGUGUUGGCCACGGGCGUGAGUUUCUCCUCGAAGUUAGGGGGCCACCCCCCCCCCACCACACACACUCCGUGUCCCGCCAGGUUUCUCCCUCAGUGACAACAGGUACUGGAAGACUGAGAAAGGAACGACGCAGCCAUGACCUCCAUCAUCAAGCUCACGGCCCUGUCCGGAGUGCAGGAUGAGGGCGCCCUCUGCUACCUCCUGCAGGUCGACGAGUUCAGGUUCCUUCUCGACUGCGGCUGGGAUGAGAACUUCAAGGCGGACUUUGUGGAAAUCCUCAAACGGCACAUCCAUCAGAUAGAUGCAGUUCUUCUCUCGCACCCUGACACCCCACAUCUGGGCGCCCUGCCGUUCGCCGUGGGAAAGCUCGGGCUGAACUGUGCCAUUUAUGCCACCAUUCCUGUGUACAAGAUGGGCCAGAUGUUCAUGUAUGACCUCUAUCAGUCAAGGCACAACUCAGAAGAUUUCAAUUUGUUUACGCUCGAUGAUGUCGACGCUGCUUUUGACAAAAUCCAGCAAUUAAAGUACAACCAGAUUGUUUACCUGAAAGGCAAGGGACAUGGCUUGUCUAUAACCCCGCUGCCUGCUGGCCACAUGAUUGGGGGCACAGUGUGGAAGAUUGUAAAAGAUGGAGAGGAGGAGAUCAUCUAUGCGGUGGAUUACAACCACAAAAGGGAGAUACACUUAAACGGUUGCGCUUUAGAGACUGUCACAAGACCAUCACUGCUCAUCACUGACUCACUAAAUGCCACAUACGUUCAAGCCAGGAGGAAACAACGAGAUGAACAGCUGCUAACGAACAUCCUUGAGACGCUGCGUGGGGACGGCAACGUGCUGCUUGCCGUGGACACGGCGGGUCGCGUGCUGGAGCUGGCCCAGCUGCUCGACCAGAUCUGGAGGACCAAGGACGCGGGCCUGGGAGCGUACUCCCUCGCGCUGCUCAACAACGUCAGCUACAACGUCGUCGAGUUCUCAAAGUCUCAGGUGGAGUGGAUGAGCGACAAACUGAUGCGGUGCUUCGAGGACAAGCGCAACAACCCGUUCCAGUUCAGGCACCUGUCCCUGUGCCACAGCCUGGCCGACCUGGCCAAGGUGCCGAGCCCCAAGGUGGUGCUGUGCAGUCAGCCCGAUCUGGAGUGCGGCUUCUCGCGCGAGCUCUUCAUCCAGUGGUGCAGCGACCCGAGGCACUGCGUCAUCUUCACGGCCCGCACCAUGCCAGGCACGCUGGCGCGCACGCUCAUCGAGAAGCCGGGACUGCGCCGGGCAGAGCUGGAGAUACGCAAACGUGUCAAGCUUGAAGGUAAAGAGCUCGAAGAAUAUAUGGAAAAAGACAAAAUAAAGAAAGAAGAAGCGAAAAAGCAAGAGCAAGCCAAAGACGAUGAUGAAUUUUCGAGCGACGACAGCGACUUGGAGGGCGACAUGGAGUACCAGCCAGCGGGCAAGGCCAAACACGACUUGAUGAUGAAGAGCGAGAACAGUCGCAAGGGCAGCUUCUUCAAGCAUGCCAAGAAGUCCUACCCCAUGUACCCAUCGACGGAGGAAAAAAUAAAGUGGGACGACUACGGAGAGAUCAUAAAGCCCGAAGAUUUUUUCAUGCCUGAGUUGCCAAGCGUGGAUGAGGACAAGGGGGUCGAAGCUCAUCACCAGGCGGAGGAGGCCAUGGAGCAGGACCUGACGGAUGUGCCCACCAAGUGCAUCUCCAGCAGCCACACGGUCGACAUUCGGGCCAAGUUGAUCUACAUCGACUACGAAGGGCGCUCAGACGGCGAGUCGCUCAAGAAGCUCAUCAGCCAGAUGCGCCCGCGCCAGCUGGUGAUUGUGCACGGGCCGCCUGACGCCACACGUCAUCUGGCCGACGCAUGCCGUGCGUUCGGCGGCAAGGAGAUGAAGGUGUACACGCCGAGGCUGCACGAGACGGUCGACGCCACGAGCGAGAACCUCAUCUACCAGGUGAGGCUCAAGGACUCGCUCGUGAGCUCCCUGCGCUUCUGCCGUGCACGGGACGCCGAGCUGGCGUGGAUCGAGGGCGCGCUGGACCUGCGGGUCGCGCGGGUCGACACGGGGGUGGUGCCCGAGGACGGGACGCCGCGCGACGACGAGAACGCGGCAGCGGCGGCGGCGGCGGCGGCGGCGGCCGGCACCUCGGCGGGCGGCUCCGGCGAGGCCAUGGAGGUCGAUCGCCCGCACCGAGCUGCCGCCCACGAAACCGAGGCCGCCCCCGGCAUCGCGGGCCGCUCUCAAGCGCAGCCCCUGGCCGGGCUGUUUAUCGACGAAGAUGCGACGACGGCGGCGGCGGCGCGCGUCGCCGUCGGCCCCGAGGAGGGCGACAUCAUCCCCACUCUGGAGCCGCUGCAGCCGAACGAGGCGCAGGACCACGCGGCGGUGUUCAUUAACGAGCCGCGCCUCUCCGACUUCAAGCAGGUGCUGCUGCGAGAGGGCAUCCAGGCCGAGUUCAUUGGCGGCGUGCUCGUGUGCAACAACGUGGUGGCCGUUCGCAGGACGGAGGCAGGCCGCAUCGGCCUGGAAGGAUGCAUAUGUGAGGACUACUACAAGAUCCGCGACCUCCUGUACCAGCAGUACGCUAUUGUGUGACCUCUCUGGCUCCGGUCGCUGAUGGUGGUGAUGCCGAGAGGGCCGUUUUAGUGGCGCGUCCACUCCCCUUGCGUGACGAUUGUCUUCGUACUUUUGUAGUCUCCCCAUCCCGAAUGUAAAUGACCGCGACGCGAAGCCGUGGAUCGUAACGUAGGGUAAGCUUUCGGAGAAAAUGCCAGUUUUUUUUUUAUUGCGAGCGUUUUUGACAAUUAUGACAGGGAGACGUAGGUCACCGUUCGUCAUAAUUGGCCGUUCAAGGAAUGCUUCUGAUAGUGGAUAUGAUUUUAACCGAAGGCGAUUCUUGUGUACAGUUAAACGUAUGUUUCCCGCUAUUCGCUGGACAGGUCUGUCGAGGAUGGUCCGUGGAAUUGGAAUACAGAAUACAUAUUUUCACAGCUGCCAAUGUUUCCUUUUCCACCUGUACAAAUAAAACAAAUGCAUCCAUGUAA